ACCACAGCAGCAGCAUCAUCCCCAUCAUCAAAGACGCACAACAGUAUGCUAGUGAUGCAUCAUCAUGAUCCUGAGGGCGGGAAUAACAACAACAACAGCAGCAGCAGCAGCAACCGACGCAGCUAUGUAUUGGAGACGAAACAACGUGCCGAAACUAUGGCAAACUCAAUCACUGGACGGAUGCAGGAUCUGCAGGACAUGAUUGACCAGCUUAAAUUAGAUGUGACACAACGACGUUGCCGCCCGUCUCAAGCCCAACUUGAUCAUUGCCAAACAGAAGGGAGGGCUUUGGAAGAUGAAAUCGAGCGGCUGUCCGAAUUGACUCGGUCAGUGAAGCCGACAUGGAAGGCCACCUGGGAGGCUGAACUGCAGAUGGUCGUCAAAGAACAGCAGUUUUUGAAAGAUCAAGAGGCGUUGCUCCUGGAUUUACGGGACGACCAUGCGGACUUGCUUCAUGUUCUGCAACAGCUUUUGAAGAUAUCUGAGAUUCAAGCUCGCGGAAACGGCAAGAAGAAAUUCGUUCCGCCGCCGUCGGCCCUGUUUUGUGGAGGUGGCGUUGAGGCGAUGUCAAAUGUCCUGAAACAAUUAUCAACGAUCGAAGUUGACCAUGGAAGACGUGUCAAGGCGCUGCAACAGGCGGAGAAGAUGCGGGCACGUGAGCUUGCUAAUCGAAUUGACGACUUCGAAAGAGAACUGUCAUCGUUUGUGGAGUCAAGGAAACUCAAAAAGACGGGCGGAGCGGACCAUGUUGAUCGGCAGCGGCAGAAGAAGGACCAGCAGGUUCUCAGGGACCUCUAUCAAAGUAAAACCCAAAAGAAAGCCAACAAUAAUAACGAUACGACCAUUACUGAAUGA